UGGGAAGUGCUGCCAAGACAGUAGGAGAAGUUGCAGAGUAAAAGCCUUGGUCAUCAUUGGCUCUGUAACUUUUCAUUCUUUUUCUCCUUUUCCCCCAACUCUGGGUUUUUCAUUGUGCAUCACAAGUGUAAAUGGAUGGGCUUCACAGAAGCUUGAAGUACUGAGAGGUUUGAUCCAGACCCAGGCUACAACCAGUGAUGUCCGAGACCAAACUGGACUGUCUCCCUUCUUGCAGGAACUGGUCUUCUGUUCCAGAACUGAAUGAUACUCAGGAGCCUUUUUCAAUCCCCUCUGCUGACUAUAAUGAUGAGGAAUUUCUGCGAUACCUUUGGAGGGAAUAUUUACAUCCCAAAGAAUAUGAAUGGGUCCUGAUUGCAGGGUAUAUUGUUGUAUUCAUUGUGGCUCUCAUUGGAAACAUCCUGGUUUGUAUUGCAGUGUGGAAGAACCAUCACAUGCGGACAGUUACCAACUACUUCAUAGUAAACCUCUCCCUGGCUGAUGUUCUUGUCACAAUCACUUGUCUUCCAGCCACAUUAGUAGUGGAUAUCACAGAAACUUGGUUUUUUGGGCAGACCCUCUGCAAGGUGAUCCCCUAUUUACAGACUGUGUCAGUCUCUGUGUCUGUACUAACACUUAGCUGCAUCGCUUUGGAUCGCUGGUAUGCAAUUUGUCACCCUUUGAUGUUUAAAAGCACAGCCAAGAGGGCAAGGAAUAGCAUUAUCAUUAUCUGGAUUGUGUCCUGCAUUAUAAUGAUUCCUCAGGCUAUUGUUAUGGAGUGCAGCAGUAUGUUCCCAGGAUUAGCUAACAAAACUAUCUUAUUCACAGUUUGUGAUGAGCAGUGGGGAGGUGAGGUCUACCCCAAAAUGUAUCACACGUGUUUUUUUCUGGUGACAUACGUGGCACCACUGUGUCUUAUGGUGUUGGCCUAUUUACAAAUAUUUCGAAAACUAUGGUGCCGCCAGAUCCCGGGAACUUCCUCAGUAGUUCAAAGAAAAUGGAAGCCUCUGCCCUCUUUAGCACAGCCCCGGGGGCUGGGACAGUCUACCAAGUCAAGGAUUGGUGGGGUAGCAGCUGAAAUAAAACAGAUUCGAGCCAGGAGGAAAACAGCGCGUAUGCUAAUGGUGGUUCUCUUGGUUUUUGCACUUUGCUAUCUACCAAUUAGUAUCCUCAAUGUCUUAAAAAGGGUUUGGGGGAUGUUUAACUAUGCUGAUGACAGAGAGACUGUGUAUGCCUGGUUUACAUUCUCGCACUGGCUUGUGUAUGCCAACAGUGCAGUGAACCCUAUCAUUUAUAACUUUCUCAGUGGAAAAUUUAGAGAAGAAUUUAAAGCAGCAUUUUCUUGCUGCUGGCUUGACAUUCACCAUCACCAGGAUGAACGACUCACCAGGGGCCGUGCAAGCACUGAAAGUCGGAAAUCCUUGACCACCCAGAUCAGCAAUUUUGAUAAUGUUUCAAAACUUUCAGAACAUGUUGUGCUGACCAACAUGAGCACACUCCCAGCACAUGGUGUGACAUCCAAACUCAGCCCAUUGAAGUCAGUGGAACUGCACCUGCAUACGCCAGGGAUGAACAUGACUUCAAGUUUAGAUGAAGCAGAAAGAGUUUCUGUGGAAGACAGUGGCACAACAGAGAAUACAGAGUGGGCCAAAUUCAUCCCUGGUGUAACCAAACUGACCUUACUGGAGUUACAUCAGGGAUGAGUUUUGCCCUGUACAUUUAAAACAACCUGCAAAUGGCACUCCAGUGACAACACAAGAGUUGGACAAAGGGAUUCCUCCAAAAUGACUGCUUCUUCAAUUCCCAGUCUUAUGGAAACUUACUUACCUCAUCAUGAGCUAAAGAUACAGAAUUCACGUCUUUGCAAGACUUUUUAAAGAAUAUAUUGCAUCACGCUUUGUAAAUACUGGAUAUAUUUAUUUUUAAUAUAUCCCAGAUGCCAUGUAACAUUCUCAAAUGCAUCAAGUAAAGAACUGAGUAUUUCAAA